AUGAAGACCACCGCUGCUAUCGCCUCCGCUGCCGUGAUCAUGGCCGCCUCGAUGCCCGGCGCCGACGCUCACGGAUACAUCUACGUUCCCCAGUCGCAGUUCUUCGGCGGUGAGAACUCGCAGUGGAGCGUCCAGAUCCCCCCUGUAUGGCCUAGCAACGACUGGUACGGCAACACCCAGAAGAGCGUCCAGGUGUUCAACUCGCUCAAGACGUCCCACAACUACAAGGACCUCCGGACGCUCCUCGACAACACGGCGGUCUACGGCCCUAACUGUGGCUACACCAACCCGAACGGCACGCCGCAGCCCAUCCCGACCAAUGGCAAGGCCAUCUUCUCUCGUGGUCUCAUCCACACUGGUCCGUGCGAGAUCUGGCUCGACGACAAGAAGGUCAUGGCUGCGGACGACUGCUACAGCAAGUACGGCCACUCGAACGUGAACGUCAAGACGGAGUUCCCCGUGGACUACUCGUACUGCAAGGCAAAGGGUGGCUGCAUGAUGCGCUUCUACUGGCUCGGCUUCCAGGCGCUUGGCAAGAAGACCGUGUGGCAGACCUACAAGAACUGCAUUCCUCUCAAGGCUUAG